AUGCGUCCGCGUGACCCUCGCUUCGAGGAUUCCAGUGGCACUUUCAGUUCCGAUGGAUUUGGGAAGGCGUACUCUUUUCUGGAAGAGUACCGGGCAGAAGAGCUCGAAAAGUUGAAGGAAGCCAAGCAAAGGUUGCAAGAGUUGCGCAAGAAGCGUCCAAAGGAUUCGAUGAUAGCGGCACAGGAGGACGAGAUUGCGAAAGAGAUCAAGCACCGAGUGCAGCAGGACAAGCAGAGGAAACACAUCGGUCGGCUUCAAGAUGCCGAGAGGGUGCUGAAGGCCGAGGAGAGGCAGAAGGUGAAGGAGACUGGCAAGGUACCUUAUUUUCAUCGGAAGAAGGCAGCGAGACAGCUGCUAGUGGAGAAGAAGAAGAAGGAGGAGAAGGGGAAGACAGGCAGGCACAAGUUGGAGGAGCGCAGGGAGAAGAAGCUCGCGGCGCGCGAGAAGAAGAAGAUCCCAACAAGACGCGUGUGA